AUCCAAACAAAACCAGAAGUUCGUCAUUAGUUCCAAGAUGGCGGACGACGGUUUACUCCUCAACUUCGCCAUUGGCGACACGAACAUAAUCAAACCCGAAACCAGGCUCAAGGGUGGAACCUGGCGCGACCGCCUAAGCGCAAAGAAAAUCGCCCAACACCGCACCAGGAACCCCCGGAAACCCGGCGAAGAGAGACCAUCCUCAAAUAAAGGUCCCCAGAACCCGAAUCGCAUUCAGAACCCUACGCCCCAGAAUGUGGAGGAGGUGCCUGAGCAAGAGCCAACUGAGGAUGCGAAACCGACGAAUGCGCCACUGAUUGAUGGACUGGAUACGUUUACGAAUCUGGGGCUGUCCCCGAGUUUGGCGGCGCAUUUGUUGACGAAGUUGGAGCUGAAGGCGCCGACGGGGAUUCAGAAGGCGUCCAUGUCACAGUUGUUGAAGGAGGAUAGUGAUGCGUUCAUUCAGGCGGAGACAGGUUCUGGAAAGACGUUAGCUUAUUUGCUUCCGCUUGUGCAGAGGAUUAUGACGAUUUCGAAUCCCAAAAAUAUGAGCACGGAUUCGAGGGGUGAGCCGAUUGUUCAUCGUGAUAGUGGGUUGUUUGCUAUCGUUCUGGCGCCGACGCGUGAGUUGUGUAAGCAGAUUUCGGUUGUUCUGGAGAGUUUGCUGCGAUGCGCUCAUUGGAUCGUGGCCGGUACGGUUAUUGGUGGUGAAAAGAAGAAGUCGGAGAAGGCGAGAUUGAGGAAGGGACUGAAUAUUCUGGUGGCUACACCAGGUCGACUUGCUGACCAUCUUGAAAAUACACAAGCGCUGGACGUGAGUAAUGUGAGAUGGUUGGUGCUAGAUGAGGGUGAUCGAUUGAUGGAGCUCGGUUUCGAGAAAGAACUGCAGGGAAUCAUUCAGAAGCUUGAUGCCAGGCAACGACCUAGUCGGAUUCCCGGUAUUCCUACGAAGCGAACUACGAUCCUUUGUUCCGCUACGCUGAAGAUGAAUGUACAGAAGCUGGGAGAGAUCAGUUUGAAAGACGCCGUUCAUAUCAAGGCAGACCCCGCCGACGAGGAUGGAGAAAGCAAGAGAAAGGACGAUGACGGUUUCAGGGUGCCAGCUCAGCUUAAACAAUCUUAUGCUCUUGUUGCAGCUAAGCUCAGACUGGUUACUCUCACUGCCUACUUGAAACGAACAUUUAUGCGGAAAGGCUCGGUCAUGAAGGCUAUCGUAUUCGUCUCUUGUGCGGACUCGGUCGACUUCCAUUUCGAGGUGUUCUCAAGAAAGAAACAAUACAGAGACGAGAGCGAGGAGGAAAAAGAAGAUAAUGAAGACGAUGACGAAGAUAAUGUGAAAACGAAGUCCGAAGCGUCGCCCCACGGCACUAUCGCUCCUGCCGUUGCCUUCUCUAACCCUUCGAACCCGGUGAAAUUGCACAAACUCCACGGGUCUCUCCCACAACACGUCCGAACAGCCACCCUUAACGCCUUCUCUCGCGAACGCGAGCCAUCCGUGCUAGUCUGCACCGACGUUGCAUCACGAGGAUUGGACUUGCCAAAUGUCGACCUGGUCAUCGAAUACGACCCAGCUUUCAGCGCGGACGACCACACCCACCGAAUCGGACGUACUGCCCGUCUUGGACGGGACGGUCGAGCACUGAUCUUCCUGAUGCCCGGCUGUGAAGAGAACUACGUGGAGGUUCUGAAGCGGGGAUACCGAGAUGGCGGAAAGGCACUCACGCGCACAACCGCGGAAGACAUAUUGAAGCGCGGGUUUGGCGGGAACAUAACGUCCGAGACGAAGAACUGGGAAGAGAAAGCGACUGACUGGCAAAUGGACCUUGAACGAUGGGCAGUGGAUAACCCGGAGUAUCUCGAGAUGGCGCGACGAGCCUAUCAAUCACACAUCCGCGCCUACGCCACCCACAUCGCCAGCGAGCGAAGCAUGUUCAACAUCAAGGAACUCCACCUCGGACAUCUUGCCAAGAGCUUCGCACUGCGCGACCGCCCGAGCAAGAUCAACGUCCCCGGCCUGCGCCCCGGAGACAAGGAAGCAAAGAAGGAUUACAAGGCCGAGAGGAAGACCGUUGGAAAGAAGAGAAAGGCAGGCGGGCGAGACGACAACGAUUUCCCAUCUUCCAACGAUGCAACAUCCGCAGCCCAAAAGAUGAGAGCCAAGCUGAAGGAGCACAUGGCCGGAGCCAGCGAAUUCAACCUUGCCUAGUGUAUUUGUAUAUAGCAAUUUGAUGACCUCAGUAGAUAUCCCACAAUGAGAUCUUUCCAUCUUUUGACCCCGCAGC